AUGCCGAUAAAUGUAUCAUUUAAAGUUACAGGGGGAAAAGAAUUCACAAUUUCGAUUGAACAAGAAAUAACUGUUUUGGAAUUAAAACAAAAAUGUUCUGAACAUGUAGAUAUCCCAGUUGAGUGUCAAAGGAUUAUUUUUAAAGGAAAAAUAUUGAAAGACAAAGAACCUCUAACAGUGUAUGGUGUAGCGGACGGCAUUACCAUGCAUUUGGUUCGCAGCGCUGCACCUGUGAAGGAGCCUGAAACCGAAAAGGAGACAAACAAAAAUGACAGCACAGACAAUACCAUAAACGCACCCCAAAAUGCGAACGUUGGCACAAAUCCAGGAGCUCCUAUGAACAACUUUGGAGAUAAUCCUUUAGUUCAGAUGUUUAUGCAAAGUGGGGCAGGAGGAAACAUGAACCCGAACGCGGGACUAGGUGCAGGAGACAACCUGAACCUUGGAUCUUUUGCUAAUUUUCUAAAUCCAGGCGGAAAUGGGGAAUUAAAUAGAGACAGCAUAAGUUCACUAUUAAAUAAUCCACUUGCGAGAUCGUUAAUGAAUGAAAUAAGCAACAAUCCAGAAAUGCUAGCCAAUAUAGUAUCUAACAAUCCACUUCUGAGGAACACAUUUUCACAGAGCCCAAUUAUGCAACCCGUUUUGGAAAAUCCAAACCUGCUAAGAGAAUUAAUGAGACCCGAAUUUCUACAGGCAGGUUUACAAUUUGAAAAUGCUUUAAAUAUGAACAACAGUGGUGGUAAUAAUAACAAUGCAAACAAUGCUAAUAAUAAUCAACGGGGAUUAAGAAUGGAAGAUCUUUUAAGUAACUUGAAUAAUUUCGCAAAUGCAAAUCCAGGUUCAGGUAGCGGAAAUCCAAAUGAUAAUAGUAAUAACAAUAUGAAUAACAUGAGUUCUCUUUUCCAAUCACCUGAACUAUUACAAACAUUUCAACAAGUUAUGCAAGCUAAUCGUAAUUUAGGAAAUUUUAAUUUUCCAAAUGCAGGCCAAAAUAUGGAUUUCAGUGCACCAAAUGUUGCAGAUAAUAGACCACCUGAGGAGCGAUAUGCUUCUCAGUUGCUAAGCCUUCAAGAGAUGGGUUUCAUUGACAAUGAUGCUAAUAUUCAGGCUUUGCAAGAAACAGGAGGGGAUGUAAAUUCUGCAGUUACAAGACUUUUGGAGAAGGGCUUUAAUUAG